CCUAUUCUAGUGUAUCAUGGCGACCCGGCCGUACCAGGGCUACCCGUACGCCAACCCGUACGUGACCGACGCGCCGUCCAUCGACGCGGCCACCGCCAGCCGGUGGAACAACUUGCCCCGGCGUCCCCUCCAGCCACCACUAACUAGGGAUGAGGGCAGUCAGGUUUCCUGUAUCAUGGCGACCCGGCCGUAUCAGGGCUACCCGUACGUGACCGACGCGCCGUCCGUCGACGCGCCCACCGCCAGCCGGUGGAACAACUUGCCCCGCCGUCCCCUCCAGCCGCCACUAACUAGGGAUGAGGGCAGUCAGUGUAUCAUGGCGACCCGGCCGUAUCAGGGCUACCCGUACGUGACCGACGCGCCGUCCGUCGACGCGCCCACCGCCAGCCGGUGGAACAACUUGCCCCGGCGUCCCCUCCAGCCGCCACUAACUAGGGAUGAGGGCAGUCAGUGUAUCAUGGCGACCCGGCCGUAUCAGGGCUACCCGUACGUGACCGACGCGCCGUCCGUCGACGCGGCCACCGCCAGCCGGUGGAACAACUUGCCCCGCCGUCCCCUCCAGCCGCCACUAACUAGGGAUGAGGGCAGUCAGUGUAUCAUGGCGACCCGGCCGUAUCAGGGCUACCCGUACGUGACCGACGCGCCGUCCGUCGACGCGCCCACCGCCAGCCGGUGGAACAACUUGCCCCGGCGUCCCCUCCAGCCGCCACUAACUAGGGAUGAGGGCAGUCAGGUUUCCAGGGUAUCCGGUAGGAAAGAUCCGGACGCAGAACCGGAUCCGGUCAUCUAUAUCGACGUGCCGGAGAGCUCCGGCAGCGACGUCGCCGGUCCGGCUUCUAGUUGGAACCGGAAGUCCGAAUCGGACUCGGAGCCCGAUCCGGUUAUUUAUAUAGACGUGCCGGACGAAGAGGGCAGCGAUGUCGCCGGACCGGCGCGGCCGGAACCGGAGCCGGAAUAUGUGCAAGCCACACCCGGUAUAUUAAAUACAGUAUACUACCCUAUAUUUAACAAAAGCAGUUUAACGCAGGAGACGAUAUUCUACGACCCGUUCGAGAACCGCCGGAUCAACCGGCACAAGUCGUCCGACACGGACACGGCGUCCGGCGCCGGACCGUCGCGGCCGACGCCGCCCAACUCUUUGGACCUCCGCGGACCCUCCGGGUCGUCCGGCGGAGCUUCGACCUUCACCCCCACCCCAGAAUUCCUCUCAAACCCCUCAAGCUACGGCCGCGAUGAAUUCUCACUGACACCCCUACCGGUGGGGCAGUACCCUGAUCUGCCCCCGGCCUACAGCGAGUUCGCCACGCCACACACGACACAGACGCCACAGACGACACAGACGCCGCCCGAGAGCACGCCAUCGCCACCGGAGCCGCCAAGAACUGUUGUCAUUACUCCAGGUUUAAACUAUAACCGUCCGCCUGUUGAGUCAUCCAUCGGCCUCCCGAGUCCGGUCCGAAAAGUGGUAUAUUGCCAGCACUGCUUCCAACGAGUCCACACACUAGUUAUACGGGAGAUCGGACCCAUCACGCACUGGAUUGCGUGCUUUAUGUUCAUAUUUUUCUUUCCCUUCGUAGUGUUCGUGUACUGUACCAAAUGGUUCAUGUACAAGAAUCACUACUGUCCGAACUGCAACAAGAAGAUAGGCUACGAGAUGCCCGCCAUGUGCGUCGGUAUGACUUACAUACGGCCGGACACGGGAUAA